AUGUCUCCCGAAGAAAAGGCCGACGCCACAGGCAGAUACUUUCUGCCACGCAAUGUCGAAGAGGCAGAACGCAUGCAAAACCAGCAUGAAUGGCUGAAAGGGGGCGCAAAUGGCCUUGUCUUGGCCCCUAUUGACCCGAAGCGAGAGAAACUGCGUGUUCUUGAUGCUGCUACUGCCGAUGGCUACUGGAUGCAAGAUGCAAGACCGAUUUUCCCAGAGGAUACUGAAUUCCUAGGAUUUGACAACGCACCGGAAGGAUACCCACCACUUAACUCCAAACCUCCUCUUAAGAUCGUCCAACAAAGCUUGGUUGAAGAGUUUCCCACAGAGUGGAAAGAUGCAUUUGACUUUGUGCAUCAAAGAUUCGUUAUCCCGUUGUUCAAAUCAGAGGAGGUUCCUCUGGUGCUUUCCAACCUCACCGGAUGCGUUAAGCCUGGCGGGUGGAUUCAGCUAGUUGAGAUGGAUUUCCAGACCCCCGUCUCCGAGCCUCUUGAGUCGUGCAAGGCAGUUCAGACGGUCCACAAGCUGACCAGCGGGGUGGUUUCGGAUCCUCUUGCUGCGACCAAGCUUGCAGGAAGACUGGAGGAGAAUGGGUUUGUCAAUGUAGGAUAUAAGGCUGUUGAUAUGAUUGCUGGAUCGGCGAACCCGAAUCAAGAGAUGGGCGAGCGAGGAGCUCGUAAUAUGCUCUCUGUUCUUGGGUUUUUCCAAUCUGUUGCUAAGCCUGAAAUGAUCGGUUUGACGCAGGAAGAGUGGGUAGACUUGCCGAAGCGCUUUGCAGAGGAGAUGGAGAAGUACAAGGUUGCGUUGAAGGUUUACUUUGUCUGGGGCCAGAAGCCAGAGACUGCUCAGUAG